UCCAAGACACUGGACAACGAUCUGUCUCUGCUUGAGCUGAAGGAGUCGCUGCUGCCGCUGUUCAACAACCCGGACGGCGCCGUAAGACCCAUCUGCCUGCCGAAGCUGGCCUGCGGCGGCGGCAGCGGCGGCGCCGCCGCCUGCUUCCAGGACCGCAUCAGCGUGCUAGCCGGCUGGGGCGUGCUGCGCUCCGGAAGCAAGAAGCGCCCGCCGGUCGUCCACCACGUCAGCGUACCGGUGGUGACGAACGACGCCUGCAGCGCGAACUACGCCGCUGAUAAUGUGAAGAUCACCAGUCGCAUGCUGUGCGCCGGUCUGGCGGCAGGUGGCAAGGACACGUGUCAGGGCGACAGCGGUGGGCCGAUGAUGAUCCGUUCUCCCGACGAAAUAUACACGCUGGCCGGCAUCGUCAGCUUCGGAAAUGGUUGCGCGCUGCCAGAGUUCCCAGGGGUGUACGCCCGCGUCUCAGAGUUUCUGCCCUGGAUCCAGGAGAACAGCCAGCUGUGAGAGCUGUCCUCUAGACUGGACAGGCAGGUGA